AUGUCUACACACUCAAAUCACCCUUUUCAUUUAGUUGAUUAUAGCCCAUGACCUUUAACAGGUGCUAUUGGAGCUAUAACAACUGUAUCAGGUAUAGUAAAAUGAUUUCAUCAAUAUGAUAUUUCAUUAUUUUUAUUAGGUAAUAUUAUUACUAUUUUAACAGUUUAUCAAUGAUGACGAGAUGUUUCACGAGAAGGAACUUACCAAGGAUUACAUACUUACGCAGUAACUAUUGGUUUACGAUGAGGAAUAAUUUUAUUUAUUUUAUCAGAAGUUUUAUUUUUUGUUAGAUUUUUUUGAGCAUUUUUUCAUAGAAGUUUAUCUCCAGCAAUUGAAUUAGGAGCUUCAUGACCUCCUAUGGGAAUUAUUUCAUUUAAUCCAUUUCAAAUUCCUUUAUUAAAUACAGCUAUUCUUUUAGCUUCAGGAGUUACAGUAACUUGAGCUCAUCAUAGAUUAAUAGAAAGAAAUCAUUCACAAACUACUCAAGGAUUAUUUUUUACAGUUUUACUUGGGAUUUAUUUCACAAUUUUACAAGCUUAUGAAUAUAUUGAAGCUCCAUUUACUAUUGCUGAUUCAGUUUAUGGUUCAACUUUUUAUAUGGCCACUGGAUUCCAUGGAGUUCAUGUUCUAAUUGGAACAACUUUCUUAUUAGUAUGUUUAUUACGUCAUUUAAAUAAUCAUUUUUCAAAAAAUCAUCAUUUUGGAUUUGAAGCAGCUGCAUGAUACUGACAUUUUGUUGAUGUAGUUUGAUUAUUUUUAUAUAUCACAAUUUACUGAUGAGGAGGGUAA